AUGGCGACCAUGACACAACCAGCCGCCGCAAAUGGCUCCCAACAACCCCUCUAUACCUGCAACACAUGCGGAGUGGCCUUCCGGACUGGCGAAUUGCAGAGAACACACAUGCAAUCGGACUGGCACCGGUACAAUCUCAAGCGCCGUGUUGCACAGCUACCCCCUCUCACGGCAGAAGCGUUCUCAGAAAGAGUUAUCGCGAAUAAGGCGACGGCUGCUGCGACGGCGGCAAGAGCAAGAUUCGAGAAAAGAUGCGAGGCUUGUGAGAAGACGUUCUACUCUGAAGGAGCCCACUCGAACCAUCUCGGGAGUCAGAAGCACCGGAUAUUGGCGGCGAGAUGGAACGCGGGAGGGACCGGCACAGAGACUGAAAGUCUGGUCGACUCAACAUUCUCGCUUGGCGAGCCUAUGGAGGCGCAGAGCACGACGACGGAGAGUACUGUAAAUGGUGAGGCAAACGGCGUCGUGGAUGAGGAUGCUGAGGAGGAGUUUGAGAAUGUGGUGGACAAGAUUCGGACCACUGGUUUAGAGGACGCAUCACCACAAGAUCCGCUUUCGGCACGACCUGGACGCCCGACGCCUACCACUGCACAGGUUGAGCGCGAUCAUCCAAUGUCGCCGGAGAAGACCAUGGAUGGAGAAGAGUACGACCAUAAGGCGGAUGUUAAACAGUGUCUGUUCUGCAACUACGACUCGCCGACCCUUGACCUCAACAUCAAUCACAUGGGAAAACAGCAUGGCUUCUUCAUACCAGAGCGAGAGUUCUUGGUGGACUUGGAGGGAUUAGUCAAUUAUCUUUCGGAGACUAUCCAGGUGCUAAACACAUGUUUGUUCUGUCACAAGACACUGCAUUCCGCGCACGGCAUCCAGACCCAUAUGCGAGAUAGAGGACACUGCAUGAUCGCAUAUGCGACAGAAGACGAGCAGAUGGAUGUGGGCGAGUUCUACGACUUCCGGUCAACUUACAGUGACGAAGAGAUCGAGGAGGAAGAUGAAGAGGUUGAUGGCGGCGUGAAGCUCGGAGUCAAGCGAGCAACCAAGACUACGGUGCAGAACGGUGAUGGCCAAGAUGUGGACAUGGACGGAGAUGAGGAAGGUUGGGAAAGCGACAGCACCUUAUCAUCUGUGCCGACCGAUGAAAUCACUUCUGUGCCCAUUGAGAACAAGGACCACAAGUACGCCAAACUUGACCUCCACCGCCAUCACUCGCACAGCGAUCCGCGGCCGCAUAAGAACACCGACGGCUUCCACUCGCACGCCCACCACACGCCCACUGCAGUCUACCAUGACGACUACGAGCUGCAUUUGCCAUCCGGACGUACCGCUGGCCACAGAGCUCUACGCACCUACUACCGCCAAAACCUUCGCAACUACCCCACGCCCGAAGAGCGAGAGCAGCAGCGCCUUCUCACCGAGUCAGACGAGCGACACGUCUCUGAUGAUGAGAACGACGCUGCAAGCGAAACGACCGAGACUGGUCGCGGACGGCAAGUUGUCACUCGCGCUAACGGCGGCCUGGGCAUGAUCGGCGUCAGCGACGCGAAGAAGCGAGAGGUGCGCGCGGUGGAGAAGAGGGAUCAGAAGCGUGCCCAGCGUGCGGAGAACAGGUAUCGCGCAGGCAAUGAGCGGAGGCACAACUUCCAGAAGCACUUCCGGGACCCAUUGCUGCAGUAG